GUGCUAAGAAAUAACUCAUUAUAUUUUGCGAGAUUCACUGCGUGUUCAACUGGUAUAAUAUUCAUUUUGCACAGAAAAAUUACAGCAAUUUUUCACAGCUCCGACUGAUGCAUAGAAAAACAUCAAACACACGGUCUGCUUUUAAUGAGCCACGCAUGUGCAAUAGUCGACUUUUCAUUUUGCUGCUCACAGCUAGCUACAGCAGUUGCAGCUCCGCAAACGACUGAAACAAUGAGCAACGACGAUCCCUCUCUCGAGAACAGCCCUCGCAACGAGGGCGGGGAAGACGGUAAUGAACCU